UUUGCUUACGAAUUCGGUGGAAGCGAUUUCUUUUAAAGCCGCCAUUUUGUAUGAGAUUUUAGGUCUUAAAACCUACGGACAAAUGAAUUCAGUUAAUCUCUUGUGGGUGGAAAGGAAGUUAAGCAUUUCGUGACAAGUAUAGCUAAUAACAUGAUCUUGUAGCGCGUCGUAAGCAUUUAAUUCCAUUUUGAACUCGAUGAAUACAACGGUUAUUCAAAGAAAUAACUGAUUGAUUUCCGGUUUCAGCCCCCUAGCGCUUGUGACAUACGUCCUCCUACUCCGGCUGUUGUGCAAAGUCCGGUGACCCCAAGCUCCAGACUUCCAAAGCCAUGGUUUCAGAGCGAAAUUCUUAAUAUGAUGUAAGUAAAGAGAGAAAAUUUAUUUGGGAUUGGUGUUAUAAUCCUUCUUCUGCUAUGAAUAAGACAAGUGUCUCAACUCGAAGGAAAUUCAGUCUGUUCAAGCGACAAUGACCUCGAAGCCGAGAUAAUUGUUUAGUAGCCGUGUCUUAGUUGAAGUUUAAACCGAUGUAGAUUCGAUAAUGACCUAUCUAUACAACCGCACGUCGAAAACAAUGCUCUCGGUUUACAAACACAUCAUCGUUGGAGGUCGAACACUUCGCGUGUUUAUGAUCGCAUUAAGAAGUUGAUCUUCUGCAUAUCGGUCGGCUUUGCUCCUGUGUGUGUAUGACUACGAUGCGGUUCGUUUGUCGCACGUUUUUGUAUCGUGUGCGAAAAAGGCUGCCGAAAAUGUGCCGAAUUGUUUGAUAGUGGCGCAUUACACGGCGGUUUUGUCACGAUUUCCUGAGGCCAAUUGUGUAGUUGAAUAAUAGCCUUUUCUCGUGUAAUACUCCGCGACGCGAUUUUUGACAGGUCGAUGAUAAUAAGAAGCCCUUAGGCCAGGAAGUGUAGUGGCCUCGAGAGAGGUUACACAAUUGACAAAAUAUUUUUCCCACGAAGAAGCCGCAAAGCGUUUAUGACAAGUGUGAUUAACACCACAAUAAUAUCGUCGCGGUUUUACAGAGAAUAGAGGUUAUCGGUAAAAGCACCUUUUUAUGUGAGAACACAAUUGCGUGAGAAAGGUAUGCUUUUGGUGACUCAAGAAAACCAUCAACAGAAUCAGCUCUUCUUAUUGAAGAAAUUGUCCAUUCGCAGAUGGCUAGCUUGGUUGUGCGGGCUGCAGAGGUCACAAAUAUGCGAGGGGGAAGGUUUAUGAGUGUGGAAGACAUUAUAUUUCUAAUGAGGAAGGACAAAGAAAAACUCAAAAGACUAAUCAAGUAUCUCAAUUUCAAAGACGUGAAAAACAAAACCCAGAAACAAACUUCUCAAGAUGAUGAUGAAGUCCUAGAAGCUGCAGCAAGUGAAACCAAGGGUAGCAAAAAACGAAAGGUUUCAUAUGACUUUGUGAGCACAAUAGACCAAACUGGUGAUCUUGUAGCUUUAUUUGAGGAUGAUGACAUUGAUGAACUGAAACAAGAGAGGAAUGAGAGAGCUGAACGUUUAUCAAGAACUCUUGACCCUCAACAAUAUUUGGAGUUUACUGAGUGUCGACAGGCUAACUUCAAUAAGAAAGCAGGAAAAUUCAAAGAGUGGCUGGACUGUGCAUCACUGAUUGAUAUGAAACCCAAUACACCUGUGAUGGAAGUAUUCAGCUUCCUUGCUUAUGAGAUAGUGGGGCAGAUAGUCGACUUGGCAUUACUGGUAAAGAAAGAUUUGGAGGCGUGUGAUGUGUUGACUCAAGCUAUGCCACCUGUAUCUAUCCUAUCAGAGAGCCAAUCAUCCGUUGUUACACCUGGAAGUGCAACAUCUACCCCCUCUACUCCCAACCACACCCCACCUGGAACCCCCACCACACCUACAACCCCUUUCCUUCCUAGUCCCACCCCAAGUGUAUCUAGUGCCAGUGGAAUUUCAUCAGCUCCACAAAGUGCAACUGUGCCAGCAAAACCUAAGAGCAAAAAAAGGAAAAUUAAAGGAUCAGCUGCAAGCCUUUCAUACAGUAGUGAUGAUUGUAUUCAACCUCAACACAUUAGAGAAGCUAUUAGGAGAUAUAAUCAUUACAUUGGACCUAUGGCUCCUUUCUCUUCACAUGCAAAGCCAUCACCUGGCUACAGAACAUUGUGCUGCUAGAUGGAAGACAAUAAAUCAGCUGUAGCAUCUGAACCCUAAAAACACUUUUCACUGACUGGAAGCAGUUUUUCUUUUAGCUUCCCUCAUACACUGUACAGUUGAAAUGACAAUCAUUUAUUUAAUAUAAAUGUCUAUAGAGAAAUAUAGCUACAAAGUUUGUGUAUUAUGUGAAAAGUAUAUAAAUGUUUUUGUUUCAAUAAAUAGAGCUCCAAGACAUA